AUGGCCUCCGGCAGACAGAACCCAUUCCUCAUUCACCUGACGCCCAUGAUGCUGCGCUCGCCAGCCCUUCUGUUCUCCAUCUCCUCCAUGGCUGCAGGACAUCUCGCAGUACUCCGAAAAGACGAGAGUCUCCGGACAGUGGCAUCGAGACACAUGCUCAUGGCGGUAUCAUCGCUCCGAGAGUCCAUUCAGACAGAGAACCCGGAGCUCUCGCUCGCCACCAUCAUGAUGCUCCAGAUCUCUGAUAGACUGUUCAAUACGGACAGCCAAAUUGAUCACCUCGCUGGCGCCAAAGCCGUGAUCAUGCACUCGGGAGGCCCUGGGAACUGGACGAGUUCUAGUGCGCAGUUUCUUCUAAGCCUCUGCUUUUACCAUGACGUCAUGUCAUCAAUCUCUCGCACAGCGAAGCCGCUCUUGAGCAUGACUAAUGUGGCUCCUCUGGAGGGCUUGCACAGCCUAGAAAAGCUUACAUCACUUCUUUCUAUCGUUGGCACAAUCAGCAAGAUGCAGGGACAGUCGGGCGAAGCACACCAGCGACGCGGUUUCAACAUCAGGAAGAACUUGCUGUCCAUGGACUCGUCCACAGACGGAGACCAGGAGAUCGAGAAUACAAUCCAGGCCUACAGGCAUGCGGCCAUUGUCUACCUCUACCGAGUCUGGGACGAUGGCACGCAGCCCCCGAAGCCCUUUCACGCAGAGCAAUGCAUUCACCAUCUGCUCAAGGUACCAAUCACGUCGUCGUUCUGCUCAGCCCAUGCCUGGCCUCUCUGGACCGCGGGAUGCGAGUCCGUCGACCCUCAAAACCGGCAGCUCGUUCUCGGAAGAAUCAAAGCAAUGUACGAAAGCAGACGACUGCCGUCCCUGGCACGGGUUCAACAAGACAUGGAAGAGGUUUGGGUCGCCAAGGACGCCCAGCGGAUGCAAUUUGGGACGGAAAAUGUGGAUUGCUGCAAGAUGAUUUUGGAUAACCGUCACCGAGAGGCGGACUUGGUCUGA